AUGCCGGGCUUGUUCGUCGGAGUCACGCGCGCCCUCUACGAUUACCAGCCCCAAAGCGACGAGGAGCUGGGUAUCAAAGAAGGAGACCUUCUGCUGGUUCUGGAGAAGAGCACGGAAGAUGACUGGUGGAAGUGCAAGAAGAAGGCCACGAGCGAGGAUGACGACGAGCCCGAAGGCUUAGUGCCCAACAACUACAUUGAAGAAGUGACUCCAGUCGCCGCAGCGCGUGCCCUCUACGACUACUCGGAGCAGACGGAUGAAGAAUUGAGCUUCAAGGAAGACACACGGCUGGAUAUAUACGAUGAGAGCGACCCCGACUGGACUCUGGUGGGCUGCAAUGGCGAGUACGGCUUUGCUCCAGCCAUCUACCUCGAGCGCAUAGAGCCGGCCGCGGCUGCACCAGCAGCUCGCUCUCUGGCUGCUCCUCCGCCAAUGCCGGCUCGACCACCUGCGGACGACGAGCCCAUUCCUGGAGAGGCCGAUUAUCAUGACCCUGGGAACAGCCCGACCCGAUCCUACGAGCCGCCUGCCAACAACCCAGCCGCUCAGCUGGCCGGUAUUAUAGCUCAGAAGACGGGUGGGACACAACCCUCACCUAGUACAGAUCGCGCAUUGGCUUCGCCGCCGCUGCCACAGAGAUCUCAGUAUACCCCAGAGGAAAGUGACGAGGAAGCUGCUCCAUCUCUUCCACAACGGCCACCCUCGCAAGUCGCACCCGCUUCGCCACCUCCGCCACAAGUGCAGUAUGCAUCUCCUCGUUCACCGGUAUCUCCGGGCGUUAUGGCCUCGCCGCCACGCAAUCGAGCCGUAUCGAACUCUCACAACGAUGACUACGAGCACGAUUCAUUGCAUUCCCCUCGCAGCUUCCACCUAUACAACAUCCACGAGAUGGUACAGCAUAUGGGCAAGAACAAGAAGAUGCCCACGACAUUGGGUAUCAAUGUUGCGAAAGGAAUCAUCAUGAUCAGCCCCGAAAAGAGCAGAGACGGACCAAGCAGAGAAUGGACAGCGGACAAGCUCACACAUUACAGUAUUGAAGGGAAACAUGUCUUUGUGGAGUUGGUGCGGCCCAGCAGAAGCAUUGACUUCCACGCUGGUGCCAAGGAUACCGCUGGGGAGAUCGUGUCCAUGUUGGGCGAACUGGCCGGGAACGUAAGGCAAGAGGGUCUGAAGGAGAUUCUGGCCGCCAGUGCUGGAAGUGGAGCCGGGGGCUUGAAGAAAGGCCAAAUGUUGUAUGAGUUUAUGGCUCAGAGUGAAGACGAAGUGACCGUAGCGGUGGGCGAUGAGGUAAUCAUCCUUGACGACACUAAGAGCGAUGAGUGGUGGAAUGUUCGUCGGCUCAAGAAUGGCAAGGAAGGUGUGGUACCUUCUUCCUAUGUCGAGAUUACUGGGACUGUCCCACACCCAUCAGAUAGUAUCUCCGGCUUGAGCGCUGCUCGUAAUACCGUGGAGCAGAACAGACUGGAAGAAGAACGACUGGCAAAAGAGGCUGCCAAGGGAGACAAGAGGCGUGAUGGAGAUGUCGUGCCACCGGAACGACACAGUAGCCUUGCUGGCGACACCAGACGGACAUCUUUGCGUGGUUCCGACAAGCGGAGUUCAAAGGAUCAGCCCAAGAGCAAACCGAACUCGUCUAGGGUGCGGACAUGGACUGACCGGACAGGCACUUUCAAAGUCGAAGCCGAAUUCAUUGGUCUCAGAGAGGGUAAAAUCCAUCUGCACAAGAUGAAUGGUGUGAAGAUCGCCGUGCCAGUAGUCAAGAUGGCUGUUGAAGACCUCGAAUAUGUCGAGCAUGCAACGGGCGCCAGCUUGGAUGAAGACAAGCCUUUGUCUGAUAUCAAGCGCAGGGGCACACAGCACAGGAAGCAAAUGGAAGGCCAGAAUGGCUCUCGAUCCACGUCGGGUGCGACGGUCCAGAAGAAGGACGAGUACGACUGGUUCGACUUUUUCUUGCAGUGUGGUGUCAACCCGCAGAUCUGCGAACGAUAUGCCGGUGCUUUCUCCCGGGACCAAAUGACCCCGGACGUUCUUCCCGAUGUCAACGAGCAGCUUCUCCGCACGCUCGGGUUGAAAGAGGGUGAUAUUCUGCGUGUCAUGAAGUACCUCGAUAACAAAUACGAUCGCAAGGCUGGGCCCUCAGAAAAUGGUGCAGGCGGUGCAGAAGGAGGACUAUUUUCUGGCCCAGGCGGCGCUUUGCGGAACAACACUCGCAAAGGCAGACCCGCACCGGCUGUCCAGACCAACGACGUUGUCGAUGAAAACGCAUUCAAACCAAAGACGGACAGCACAUCGUCCAAAGAUCCCCCUGCAGAUGCGAAAGCGACGCCGCUCACUAACGCGCCGGCGAGGGAAGCGAAAGGCGGUUUCGAUGAUGAUGCAUGGGAUGUCAAGCCAGCGAGAAGUCAGACAUCAACGACUACUGCCGCUCCAGCUGCUGUAUCAGUGCCGGCACCUGUCGCUACUCCGGAGCCACCGCAACCUAAGGUCAACGACGACAUUGCUUCGCUGUCUAUCUCUGUUCCUCCUCUGCAACCGACGCCUGCAGCGGCGGCGCCGCCUGCUCAACCACCGAUGCAAGCACAACCUACGGCGACAGAGCCGCCCGCACCGUCAAAGCCUGUCGCUGAUCAGGCGAUCUUCGAUAAGAUUGCUUCACUAGCGCCUGCAAACCGGCAGCAACCGCAGCCAACAGGAUUCCAUCAGCAGCCUAUGCAACCAAUACAAACUGGAUUCCAACAACCGCCUCUACAACCUCAGCAGACGGCAAUGCCACGGCAAAGGCCAGCACCUCCAACGCAACAAGCCAGCGGCGGGGUGUUGGCGCCGCCUCCCAGAGCGGCUUCCGCACCUGGAUUCCCACCUCAGCAGACUGGCUUCGGUGCUCCUCCCUUGCAGCCCCAGUUGACGGGCUAUCAACCGCAGCAGCAAUUCCAACAAAUGCAGCCCCAGCCGACUUCGUUCCAGCAGCAACCAGGCUUUGGUCAAGGCUACCCGCAACCGAACGGCGCGCAGGCAGUGCAACAGAAUUAUCCUGCCUUGCAACCUCAACCAACAGGCUUCCAGCCUCAGUCACAGUUCGGCCAACAGCAGGCACAGCAAAUGGGCAUGGGCCAGCCAAGCUAUCAGCAGCACCAGCAGCAGUUGUUCAACGGCCAGCAGACUGGGUCUCCUUUUGCGGAUCCGCCCCGACAACCAUUCCAGCCGACGCCGUCCGGGCUGUCAAAUUCCUUCUCGGCGCAACAAACGGGUUUCCAGCCGUCCUUUAACAUUUCACAGCCCACAGGCAUGAACGGAUUUGGAGCUCAGCCGACACAGCCAGCCCCGCAGUUGCCUCCUCAACAGACAGGCGGCGUGUUCGGUCCUUCACAACCGGUGGGCAUGCAACCACCAGCAGCUCCUCUGAUGCCACAAAAGACGGGCCCACCGCCGCCAGUGAGGUUCGGCGUUCAGCCUGGAGCGAAGCCGUUAGCACCUCAGCCAACUGGCCGGGCGAACUUGUCCAAAGCUAGUAAGUAUCUAGCGGUUAUCGUUCAACACGGAUCACAUGCUAACAACAUAUCCAGCGCCGCAGAACCCAUUUGGCUUUUAG